CACCUCGUACCCGGAAGUAAGGUUUAUUUACGAUAAACAAGCGAAACAAGACCAUAUGGGUGUUUGUAUUUUCGCCUAGACAUUGAAUUUGUUACCAAGAUGUAGAUGUUGGAUGUUUUAAAACUCUGUCUCUGUUAUCGGAAUUCCUUUGAAUUAACGAAAUGAGCUCACAAAUGCCAGAGGUUAUCGAUAUCGACGGGAAUGGAGAGAGUUUGGGACUUCCCGAUCACUUCCUCAAUAUUCCCUUGAUUACACUUCGCUAUUCCGUGAGGAGAGUCAUCGCUCUGCAUCUCAACACUCCUUCGGAAGUCGUGGACGAAGAGACAGGAUAUGUUAACGAUUACAAUGGUUUAGCAGAGUUCGUCGGAUUUUCAUACUUGGAAAUCGAACACUUCGGAAGGCAGAAAAGCCCGACCAAGGAAUUAUUGGAAAAAUGGGAAACACGAGACAAUCUGCAGGUGUCGCCGACUGUGGGCAGCCUGUGGAAGGGUCUUUACAUUCUCAACAGAUUCGAUGUCAUGAAGGAUUGUCAAUUGGCUAUAGUAAAAGACGUAGAAGCUUUCAUAAGGAACCAAAAAAGACAGCAAGACAUUAUACAACCUGUGCAGAGUAAUGAUGUUUCACAAAGCUCAGACCACCAAGUUAAAGAGGAAACCAUUUUAUGUAAAGGAGAUGUUGACAACAAUUACUCCCAGUACUUUGAUGCAUUUGUGUCUUACAACCACGAGGGAAAAGAUCUCCAUUUCGUAAUGGAUAUGAUUCAGACACUGGAAGGUGAACCGCACAAACUGAAACUGUUCAUUCCAGGCAGGGACGACCUGCCAGGUGCAGCUAAAUAUGUUAUAGAGGCAAAGCUCAUUGAGUCACGCUGCCGAAAGAUGGUCAUCAUUCUCUCCAAUAAUUACCUGCAGAGCAGUGCCUGUGACUUCCAGUCUAAAUUUGCUCAUGCCUUGUCUCCAGGUGCUCGUGCGAAGAAACUCAUUCCUGUCAUCAUAGAGCCUAUGACGGUAAUCCCACAGAUACUGCGUUAUGUGAGUUUGUGUGACUACACCAAAGUCGAUCUACAGGAGUGGUUUUGGAACCGUCUCUCCUCUGCUAUCAAGCAGCCACUUGACCCAGUCGCUAGUUGUUUGGUUCAAGUGUCAAGCUCAUCUUGCUCUUCAAAUGAGUCAAUAUUGUCCUCAGUGGCAUCUUCACCCGAUAGUGCCAUCGGACAAUCACUGCCAUCCAGUUCAGACAUUAGAAUGGAGAUAUCCAGUGAAAGUUUGGAGGACAUUAGCUCCGAUUGGGUUGACCUAAGCGGUGACUUCUCUCAGAAUGAAUCUUCGAUGUCUCUCUCUAUUUCGCCCCCAUCAUUAACCUCAUUUUCAGCACCAAACCCUUCCUACAUUGCCACUGCUAAGCAAGCAGAGAAGACUAGCAUUGUCUACAAAAGCAACUUGUUCAACAGGUUCUUCAGGUAGAGGGAAGAAAUUAAACUUUAAAAAAUAUUUAUGGACGGAUUUGGAAAAUUCACAAGUGCAAAAUUUAGAGGAUCAAGUAGCUCAUCAGCAAAAGACAACUAAUCUUAAACAUUUCUACUCAGAAAAGACUAUGUUUAUGUAACCAAUAGUACGAUGACACGUAUAUUUAUGGUUUCAAUCUUUUAUUGUCCGGUCAGAGACUUAAAACAGUAUAAUAAAAUGUGAUUACACUCUUACAAAUA